UAUGUAAUUUUGUAAUCUAAUUAACAAAUCUGAAACGGCCAUGUUAUGACGCUCGCUUACAUCAGCGCAAGCUUCAUGAAAUGAACAUACCAAUUUAUUUGAUAUCAAGAAAGAAAUGAACUUUAGACCAUUGUCAACAAAGUGGUCCCACCACGUAUAAGAGAAACUGAACAAUUUUACGAACAAUUCGUGAUAUAUAUUAUGAAAAAGAAUUUAUAAUUUACAGUUGUAUUAUUUAUCGAUUUGUUGAUUAUUUAGUUAACAAUGGCGCGUGUACUCGUAGGUGUAAAGAGAGUUAUCGAUUAUGCAGUUAAGAUUCGUGUUAAACCAGACAAAACAGGUGUUAUAACGGAUGGAGUAAAACAUUCAAUGAACCCAUUUGAUGAAAUUGCAAUUGAGGAAGCUGUACGAAUGAAGGAAAAGAAACUUGUACAAGAAAUAAUUGCAGUGUCAUGUGGACCAACACAAGCUCAAGAUACUAUAAGAACCGCACUUGCAAUGGGUGCUGAUAAAGGAAUUCAUGUUGAGAUAUCUGGAGCUGAAUAUGAGACUUUACAACCUAUUCAUGUUUCUAAAAUUUUAGCCAAAUUGGCUCAAGAAGAAAAAGCAGAUUUAGUAAUUAUUGGUAAGCAAGCUAUAGAUGAUGAUUGCAAUCAAACUGCACAAAUGAUUGGGGGUUACUUGGAUUGGCCAACUGGAACAUUUUGUAGUAAAGUUGAAAAUAAUAAUGGUGAAUUAACUGUCACACGUGAAAUUGAUGGAGGAUUGGAAGUUAUUAAAAUGAAAAUGCCAGCAGUUUUAAGUACUGAUUUACGUCUUAAUGAACCAAGAUAUGCUACAUUACCAAAUAUUAUGAAGGCUAAAAAGAAGCCAAUUAAAAAAAUUACACCAAAAGAUCUAGGUGUAGAUUUUGCUGCAAGAAUUGAAAUGUUGUCAGUUGAAGAACCACCAGCUAGAAAGGGUGGUGUUAUUCUACCAGAUAUUGAUACUUUAAUUGGAAAAUUAAAAGAAGCUGGACAUGUUUAGUUGUUAUUAUGAUGUUAUUACUGAAAAGUAAUGUUAAAAAUAUUUUGCAGUGCUUUAUAUUCAUUACACUUUUUAUUAAAUUUGGCUGUAUAUAGAACAACUUUUUAUACACUAUGAGAUAUUGUAUGUUAUACUUCAAUA